AUGCCUAGCUCAUGCAAUGACAUAAGAGAAGCGCUGGCUCAAUGCCUACAGGAGUCGGACUGCAUUAUGGUCCAGCGACACACCCCGCGAGAGUGCCUGGCCUCUCCACUGGCCGAGCAACUCCCUACAAAAUGCCAGCAACUAUCGAAAGGAUUCCGCGAUUGCAGGCGCGGAAUGAUCGAUAUGCGCAAGCGAUUCCGAGGAAAUCAUCCUAUGCAGAACUCUAAAGAACUAGCUGAUAAGCAGGCAAAGUCGGAGGGGCAGUUGUAUGCCGGGAAGCCAGCGUACCAGUCUGUCAAGGAACUAAACGGCGACGAGGUGCAGAUGGACCCAGAGAAGACUCGUGGUCUUUGA